GCUCUCCUACACGGACGACACGGCCAUGAGCCGGGCGCUGGUGCGGUCCCUGCUCGCCAAGCGGGACUUCGACGAGGUCGAUAUGGCCAAGAGGUUUGCUGAGGAGUACAAGAAGGAGCCCAACAGGGGCUACGGGAUGGCCGUGGUCAACGUGUUCAAGAAGCUCCUGAGCCCCAAGUGCAGCGAUGUGUUUGAGCCGGCAAGAGCCCAGUUCAACGGAAAGGGCUCCUACGGAAACGGCGGUGCCAUGAGGGUGGCAGGCAUUCCUCUGCUCUACUCCGAUGUCCAGGAUGUGAAGAAGUUUGCAAAGCUCAGUGCUGAGCUGACCCAUGCCAACUCCCUGGGCUACAACGGGGCCGUCCUGCAGGCGCUGGCCGUGCACCUCGCGCUGCAGGGAGAGCUCAGCAAGGAGAGCUUCCUGGAGCAGCUCAUUAGCCACAUGGAAGAUGUCGAGGCCGACGAUAAGUCUCUUAGUGACGCCCGAGCGCUAGGAUUUGAAGAUUUACCAUUUUCAAGGCGCCUAAAGAAGAUAAAGGAAUUUUUGGAGCUCAGCAGUGUUCCCAAAGCGGACGUGUUGUUUGAAUUGGGCAACGGCAUCGCGGCUCUGCGCUCCGUCCCCACCGCCAUCUACUCCUUCCUGCGCUGCAUGGACGCCGACCCCGACAUUCCCGAGCACUACAGCAGCCUGCAGAGGACCAUCAUCUACUGCAUCUCGCUGGGUGGGGACACAGACACCAUCGCCACCAUGGCCGGGGCCAUCGCGGGCGCUUACUACGGGGACGAGCAGAUUCCCCCCAGCUGGGAGCAGAGCUGCGAGGCCUUCCAGGAGACGGAGAAGCUGGCGAGCAGCUUGUACCAGCUCUACUGCCAGCGGCUCUGA